AUGGGAUCCUCAUUAAUCCCGAGAGAGAUGAAGGGAAUGGAAGAGUUUCUAAGAGAUAACUAUUAUUGGAAUCAGGACGUGUACGCAAGAUGGGUGGAAAAUAAUGAGAAAGUUGUUUGUAGGAUGUGCCGGAAACCGAUAUUGGGUCACGCUUUUAAAUACAUGAACAGAGAGUGGUUCUUUCACUUACCAUGCCUCAAUGCACCCACCAUUGACAAAGCCAUUAUGUUACACUUUGGCAACCGGACGCAUAAUCCGCAUGAUCCCUUGAAGUUCACAGAAGAAGUUAAAAAUGAUGGCAAGGAGGAGGUUGUUUGCUUCGGGUGCCAAAAAGCAGUAUUGGGUCCUGGAUACAAAUGUUCCACCCCCCAAUGCAAUUUACUCCUCCAUAAAUCUUGCUUCGAGCUGCCUUCCCAAAUACAAUACCCUUUCCACCCAAACCACACCCUUGAUCUUGUGAAGCGAGAGAAAAAACUUUGUAAUGCUUGCUUAAGAAAUUGCAAUGCAUACCCCUUCUACCGUUGCAGUGAGUGUGAUUUCAACCUUCAUAUCACAUGUACUACCCACUCGCAAAUUAAUAUUCAAGACUGCCAACAUUCUUUCAUCUCUAAUUUCUUUAACCAAAUCCAAUUCACUUGCCAAGCUUGUGGUGAGGAAAGAAAGGAGUUAGCCGUCCUUUGUACCAUCUGUCAACUCUUGAUUCACAUCAAAUGUGCUCUAUUUUCACGCAUCAUCAGAAUUACAAGUCAUGAUCACUCACUCACUCUCACCUACUCUCUUCGUCAAGUCAAAGUGCACAGCAAUCUUUUUUGUAAACUCUGCUAUCAAAAGGUGAAGGCUGAAUAUGCAGCCUAUUAUUGUCAGGAAUGCAAUUACGUGACCCACUUGGCAUGUGCAUUUAAAUAUGAAAAAGGUGCACAUCUUACGUGGUUGCCUGAGGAAUCCGUUGAUUUAGAAACAAAUGUUAUGGAGGUUGAAGGGGCUGUGCAAAUACAACAUUUUAGCCAUCAACAUGGUUUAAUUCUUAGCAACGAAGGGCUCGUGGAUGAUAAGCUUUGUGAUGGUUGUACAGGAUUAAUCUCCAUCCCGUUUUAUAGUUGUACACAAUGCGACUUCUUUCUCCACAGUAAAUGUGCUCAACUACCAAACAAUAAGCGAUAUCCACUUCAUCCACACUUGCUCACCCUCUCUACAACACAGUCAAUUUAUAAACUUGGAUCGUUCUCAUGUAAGGCUUGUCAACGUCUCAGCAAUGGCUUCAUCUAUAGAUGUGGAACGUGUGAUUUCGACUUUGACCUUCAAUGUUGUUUAAUUCCGGAAACCCUGAACCAUAAAGGUCACCAACACUCUCUCUUUCUUGCUAUUAAUUCUAAUAGAAGAAGAUGUCAUGUUUGUCAUUUCACUUCUGACGACAAACCCUGCAUGUUUGUAUGCACUUAUUGCGAUUUUGCCUUGGGUUUCGAAUGUGCAACUCUUCCGCUCGUAGCUAGUCACAAAGAUGACGAUCAUAUCCUCAAGCUCACCUACAGUGCUGAAGCUCAUUGUGAAGAAUACUAUUGUCUAAUUUGCGAAAAAGAAAGAGAUCCCAAACAAUGGUUCUAUUAUUGUGCCGAAUGCGACUUCUCUGCUCAUUCCCAAUGCGUUUUAGGCAAAUAUCCAUACAUUAAGUUUGGAAGUACUUUUUUCACAUACGAAUUUCUUCACGAGCACCCAUUUACUUUUGUCCCAAAUACUGAGUCGUCUCCUCCGUGUGCUGCUUGUGGUAACACUUUUGAUGGCUUGGCCCUAGAAUGCAUUCAAUGCAAAUUCAAUUUCCACGUCAACGAUGAUUGUUUAUGGAGAGUACGAUAUCUUGAAGUGAAGAAUCAGCACUCAAUAGGUGAGGAAGCAUAUCAUAAUUUACAAGAUAGUUCAUGUGUUGGAUUCAUCACAGAGGCUUCCGAGUGUAUUAGUUAA